GGCGUUUUUGGAGAAGUUCCCUUGACAACAGACGCCUCGAACUUUUUUAUAAACUAUUCAAAAGAAAUGCUUUAUAGUCAUGCAAACAGAUGAAUUAUCGCGGUUGGAGGAACAAAACCUGAUACUUGAAGAACUUUGCGUUUGUAAUGGCUUGAAGUAUGAGAGAAUAAAAAAUGAUGAAAAUAAACAUGUUCACAAACUCGAAAUGUUCUUUUCUGGAUUUCCAGACAUUGUUGGGAUGUCAAACUUUCCAAACUUGCUUGUUUUAUGUGUUAUUGGGCAGGAUACCCUAAGGAAAAUUCAAGGGCUUGAACCCUUAGUUCAGCUUGAAGAGCUUUGGAUUUGCGAAACAAAUGUUGAGAACAUUAAUGGACUUGAAAAUUGCUCAAUGUUAAAGAGAUUGUAUUUAUAUGAUAAUGCUAUCUCAAAGAUUGACAAUCUGUCAUCUUUAAAGCGUUUGGAAAUCCUAUGGCUUAAUGACAACCAAGUUGAAUGCAUUGAGGGUCUUGAUAAUUUGACAUAUUUAAAAGAGCUCAACCUUUCUAACAAUAAAAUAUGUGAAGUUGGCAGCUCACUAGACAAACUUAGAUAUCUUGAAUCACUUGAGUUAUCUGGAAAUAAGAUCAGAUCAUUAAAGGAUCUUAAAAACCUUGUCCAGUUCACAUGUCUUCAUACUCUGAGUUUAAAUGAUCCUGUUUAUGGCACCAAUCCUGUGGCCGCAGUCUCUCAUUACUAUACAUAUAUCUUAUAUCACUUGCCUCAAAUUAAACACCUUGAUGGGUACUUUAUUGGUCAUGAAACUAUGAAGGAACUAGCCAUGACUACCGUGAAAAAGAAGAAGAUGUAUUAUAAUAUGCGUGUUAAGACAUUGCAGAGAAACAUGAAUAGCUUGUUGAAACAAGUGUGGGAAGAAAGAGAAACAUUGAAAAAAUCACCAUUAGAAAGAAAAAAGAAACUCACUAACUUACUGAAAACUCUUGAACUUAUAAAAAAUGAGUCAGCAAAUAAACAGCUCAAGUUUGCUGCUGAUAAAGAUUUGGAUGAAAGAACUUUUAGUGUUUUGUUGCUGACUAAAAUUGAGAAACUUCAAGAGCGAAUACAACUAUUGGAAUGUACAUGUGAAGAAAUUGAUAAAUGCUAUGAAAGAAGCUGUUCUCAAGUUGAAAAUAUCUCCAAUUUCACCAUAAGAAGACUAGAGUUGGAGUUAGAAACUGCUGGUAAUGUUAGAUUUGAAGACGGAAACUCCAAUAACAUUUGGUUUACGUCAUGUCGUGAUUUGGUUUACUCAAGAUUCUGUGCUUCUGAUUACCAGAGGUAUGAUGUCAUUGGAAUCAAAAUUCACCGCAUAACUCGUGUUCAUAACAAAAUACUACGCUUAAUAUUUGAUGAGAAGGUGGCUUCAAUUCAUAAAAAAGACUUGGAUACUGAUUGCUUUCUAAAAACAGAGACGUUCGACACGUCAAUGGAAUAUCUGCUUUUGUCCUGGACACAAAAGCUGAAGUAUAACGGUGGAUUUAUGUAUAUCUUUGAGAACGGAUGUACUGAUGACGUUAAAAAUAAGGAUGGUUUCAUACGACUUUCAAACAAUCUUUACAAUGCUGAUCGCGACAGAUUGAAUGAAUACCAUCCCACUGAUCUUGUGUCUUUAAGACAUGGACAACUUGUCAUCGCUAAAGUGUUUGUGGGAGAUCAUAACAUGACGAAACAAGAUGAAAGUUACGAACAUCUACCAAAAAAGUUUGCGAAGAUAGAUUUAUCAUGUGACUGUACAACGAAGCAACGUGAUUGGCUAAUAAAUGAUGGUGAUCUUGUACUACCGGAAUAUAUUGUAGAUUUUGAAUAUGUAACAAAGACUAAAGCACAGUCGUCUUUGCUCUGUUACUACGGUAACCUGUCACGUGAACCUGCCGAGGACUCGGAUAUUGUUAAUCUGAAGCCUUCCUUACAACCACAGCUACGAUUACUAGAGCUGUCAGAAGAUCUCUUUUUAAAACGUUGUGAGGUGCAAUCGACAAAAUCCAUCUCAACGUUGAAUCUUCACGAUUGUGGACUCACUCAUCUUAAGAAUAUUGAUCAACUUGUCAAUCUCGAAAAUCUCACGAUCUCGUUCAACGCUGUAACAAAACUGGAUGAUAUCGCUAAUUUGCACAGUCUUAAGUUUCUGGAUGUUAGUUACAAUUGCCUGACAACUUUGGAUGGAUUGAAGUCGUGUGCUGUGUUGAAGAUUCUCAACAUUAGUGGAAACAAACUGCAGAAUAUUCGCAUUGAAGUUGGAAUUUUACGGAAACAUGCGCCUAGCAUUACAUCAUUAAACCUAAGUCAUAAUCCAUGGCAAAAAGGUAACAAUUAUCGUACAUAUGUCAUUGGUCGCCUAAGGACUCUUCAAAUAUUAGAUGAUGUUAACAUUACAGAAGAAGAAAAUGCUUUAGCAUUACGUCAUGCUGCGUCAUCUAGGAUUUCAUCGUUCAUCAUUCAAAUGAAUUCUCGAGUAGAUUCCGAGGGUUUGCGAUCGUUAGGCCUUGCAUGGACAUCAGCAGAAUUGUGGAAACAUAGCAAGAAUAAGCCUGUUGUACUUCAUGAUGAGACAUACUGGAUGAAAUAUAUAACAACUUUGCAUCUUGAAGGUCAAGGUAUUUCUAAGCUCUCAAACCUUGAAAAGCUAACAGCGUUGAAAUGGGCUUCGUUCAGUAGGAAUAGUAUCAAUAAAGUUGAGGGUUUGGAAAAUUGUAAAACAUUGGAGGAACUGGAUUUGUCUAAAAACAUGAUAACAAAGACUGAUGGUUUAUCAAAUCUGGUGAACUUGAAACGUCUUGAUCUUUCCUAUAACGAUAUCACAGCUCUUGAUGGGUCAGUCAUGGAAAAUAUGUUAAAUUUGGAAUAUCUUUGUGUCGAAAGUAACUAUAUGACGUCAUUACAGUCACUCAAGAAAUCUACCUCACUUCAAGAAAUUUAUGCAGGAAACAAUGAAAUCGCAAAUACAAGAGAAAUCUUUUAUUUGAAGGAGUUGCGCUUUUUGGAAAUUAUUGAUGUAUCCAAGAACCCUCUUAUGUCAUCAAAGGAAAAUACCCGGAUGUUUGUUAUCUAUCAUUUGUCAUUGCUUAAAGCCAUAAAUGGUGUCGCAGUAAGUGCAACAGAACGUUCUUGUGCCGUCGACACUUUGGGAGGAAGGAUGACAACAGACUUUGUUGCUGAGCGUUUAGGUCACGGAAACUUUUCUGCACUUCAGGAAAUAGAUCUGCCACAUUGUGAGCUUCGUUCUAUUGAUGUCGGCAAUGGAGAGAUGUUUCGUAACUUAAGAAGUAUUAAUCUUGAGCAUAAUAAUCUCACCAAUUUCGGUGGCCUUAUCCAUCUUAUAAAUUUGAGGGUAUUGUGUCUAAACUACAACAGAAUUGAAAGUGUUUUUCCCAAGAAAAAGACAUUUGCAAACCAAAAGAGACAACAAAACGAUGACGUAACCUCACCCGAAAUAUUUACCCCAGUGUUAGAGCAACUUGAAGUACUUCAUUUAGGUUUUAACGGGAUAUCUAACAUGAAGUCUCUUCAGUUGUCGAGAAUACCAAACAUAAAAGCGUUGUUUCUACAAGGUAAUGAAAUUUCCAAAGUUGAAGGUCUUCAAAGCUUAACGGAGCUGAGAGAACUGGUGCUAGAUCAAAAUAGAAUCAAGACUCUCUCCGAAACGUCGCUUAUUGGUCAACGGAAAUUGAUCGAACUUCACUUAGAGGAGAAUAGAUUGCGAAAUUUAUCAAAUUUUGAAGCGCUGUUGAAUUUGCAAAGAUUAUAUCUAGGCAUGAAUAAGAUUCAGGAUAUGUGUGAACUUCAGAAAUUAGAGAAAAUGAACAGCUUGUUUGAAAUUUCCCUUAUCAAUAAUCCGAUCACAAGACGUAUGCUACAUCGUCCUGUUUUGGUUUAUCGUCAGCCAAAUAUCGUAUGUAUUGAUGGUAUACCAGUAAAAAAUGACGAGAGAGCCAAGGCCGAAGUUUACCUUAUGGAAAAUCAGUUGUCAUCGUUAGUAAAAUCUGAAUCAGUUACCGAAACUAAUUUGCCUGGUUUACAAACGAAGCAUCAAGCUCAACUAAAGGUCAAUACAGUGCAAUUGAGUGUGGCUGUUGAGAAUUGUUGGAAUCUUGGUCAACGACGGUUUGCUCAAGUAGAACAUGUCCAAAAUUUGACUCCAAAUGUACGAUACCAUGACAGGAACAAUGUUAAAGGGAAACCUCGCACAUUUAACUCUUGUUCUCCUCAGCACAUUCCAUCUUCAUAUGACAUGCGCACUCACAACAGUGGUCACCAUGCUUCAAUGUCAUCAUCAACAAACCUGGAUAGAGCAACAGGUCACAAUACAGGCUCUGCACACGAUACAGGUUCAUAUGUCAUGCAAGGUAACCCAAGACCAAACUUUUCUCCGACAUCCAAGCCAAAGUAACAUGCAAAGCGUUACUGCGAAGGAGGAUGGGAAAGUUAGAGGUGGGUUAACUUUGCAUUUAAGAAAUGAAAACGCUAGAACAGUGAACAUUUUCGUUUAAAUCAAGCUAAUGUUCAUUCUUGUCACAUCGAAAGCUUGCUUCCUGAUGUGGAAGAUUUGUCAAGAGAACAUGUUCAAUGUGUUGUCGACCGAACAAAGGACGCAGUAAAGAAAGUAAAUUCAAUAUUAGCAAAUAAACUACCUGAAGAAAACAUGGAGAGAGUUGAAGAAAGACGUACAAGAAUGAAAAAAGAAUGGAAAAUGUUUGAAGAAAAGACAAAAACUGCCCUUGAUAAGAUUGAACGUCAACAUAACGAAAGAAUGAAACAAAUAGAAGCGAACAUUAAGCGCUUGGAAAACGAGAUUAAUUCCAAAUGAAAUAUCAUGAUAGAACGUGUUUAUAUACAGUGAUACAGAUCAAGUUAUUUAACUAUCGUUGAUUUUAGUUAAUUCGUACAAUAUUGGUGUGAGUACUUACAUUUGAAUCAUUGGAAACCUUUAUAUGAA